UUUUCAUACACCCACUUUUAACUUUAUUUAUACGUUGGUCCUGCACGUAAUUUUAUUUUUUAGAGUAUUUAAUAUUAAUAUGAUGUUUCAAGAAGAUUCUACAAAUGAUAGAAUUGAAGAAACUAGAGAAUUACUUUAUAAAAUUAUUAAGAUAUGUCAAAACUUCAAUUGCUAAAAGCUUGCCAAAGAAUUGGCUUGCUCUGUUGCGAGUUGCGGAAGAAUUUCAUGUUCAAGAUGUCUCAACUUAUACACUUUUGUUUUUGUCCAAUGGAAAUACAGCCAUGCAACGAAAAAUAUAUUGCGAACCUGAUAUGACUAAAGCUGAUAGUCCCCCUUCCAUAAUUUCAGAGACGGAAAAAAUUGAAAGUGACAAAUUCGAAAUUAGAGAUGAAAAUAAAAUUUUGGCACCAAUUUCCAACUUCAUGGCUGAUCAAUUUGAAUCAGUGCCUUUAGAUAAUUUGCCGACUGGUGGACCUCUAGAGAUUGUUAUUAUUUCUGCACUGGAUCCCGACAAUAUUUUCUUUAGAUUUAAAAAAUGGAAUGUUUAUUGUGAAUACGUUUCUGCUGCUUUAUCACGUUUACCUCAAUUCACUUCUGACGAUAGUUUUCUACCUGGACAGGUGUUCGGAGCACAAAUAGAUGGUGAUUGGUGUCGAGUGAAAAUUAUUAAUAAAUCAACUGCAAAUCCACAGUAUUGGGUAGUUUAUGUUAUAGAUGCUGGUUUCUACUAUGCAGUUCAUCGGAUGGCGCUAAGGCCUUUGACCGAAGCGGUGACUGCAUUUAAGAAAACUUUCCUGGCUCAAUGCAAGUUGGAUGGAAUUUGUGUUCGAGGUCAAAAUCAAAAAGAAAUUGAAGCUAACGUUGGUAAACGAACGACUGACCGUGACGAAAAUGGUGACUGGCAUCGCGUUCAGUGGCUACCUGAAACUCAGCAUUUUGUUAACGAGGCAUUGCAUCCCAAAAGAUUAAAUAACAAACAGGUUGAAUUGGUAUUGACUAAUGAAUGGAAAUUGCAUGCGGAAAGAAUGAUUCCUGUAUGUACUGGAAAACUCUUAAUUGAUGCAACUGAUUUUGGUGAACAGCUAGUCUCCAUGGGAUUAGAACAGAGAAAAUGA